GGCGGGGGAAAGGGGGUCACCCCAAGGCAGGGGCGCCGCAAGAGACAAAGCGCGGCCGGGGUAUCCCCGAGCCGAGCACGUUGCGCGGCUGGCGUGGGGGUUGCCGCCUCCGCCCGCCGCUCGGCGUCAUGGCCCCAUUGUGAGGCGGGCGGAGGCGGAGGAAGGUGCCGCCGUUGGUCCGCGCGCAGUCCCAGGCAGGCAACGGCGUGUCGGGCACACAAAAGGCUCCGCCGAGCCGCGACCGCCGCUCCUGCUCGCUCCUGCCUUGGUUCCCCCGGGAGGAGGGACACGCCGGGCCCGCUCCCUCCUCCCCGGGCUGGUGGGCGCCUCUGCUUCGCUUAAUCCCUCCGUGUUUUUUAUUCUCCCCCGUACCCCUUGAAGCCGAUCCUGGGGCAGGAAGAGAGCCGGGAGCGGGGCGAUGCCGCUGCUGCACCGAAAGCCCUUCGUGAGGGUGAAGCCCCCCGCCGACCUCCGGCCGGACGAGCGUGUUUUCUACUGCAGGGUCACUAACGAGAUCUUCAGGAACUACGAUGAUUUUUUUGAACGCACCAUUCUGUGCAACAGCCUUGUGUGGAGCUGUGCUGUCACAGGUAAACCAGGACUCACAUAUCAGGAAGCUCUGGAAUCGGAGAAGAAAGCCAGACAUAAUCUUCAAAGUUUUCCAGAAGCACUCAUCAUUCCAGUUCUCUACUUGGCCACCCUUACCCAUCGCACCCGCCUGCAUGAGAUCUGUGAUGAAAUCUUUGCUUAUGUCAAGGAUCGGUAUUUUGUUGAUGAAACAGUGGAAGUACUUAGAAAUAAUGGUGCAAGGUUGCAGUGUAAGGUUUUGGAAGUCAUAGCUCCAGCCCAUCACAAUGGAAUGGCAAAUGGCCACACCAGCAGUGCUGAUGGGGACACUAUUGUCAUCAGCGACAGCGACGACUCAGAAACGCACAACAGCUCUGCACAAAAUGGGGAGAAGAAAGCCAUAAUUGAUCCUUCUUUGUUCAAAUACAAAGUACAACCUAUUAAAAAACACCUCUAUGAAGCUGUUAUUGUUAAAGCAUCUCAACUAAGCCGGAGGAAACAUCUCUUUUCUCGUGAUAGACUUAAACUUUUUCUGAAACAGCACUGUGAACCACAUGAUGGAGUAAUUAAAGCUAAGGCAACAUCAAUUGAAAAAUAUAAUCUAGCAGAACAAAACUUCUCCUAUUUCUUUCCUGAUGAACCACCCACAUUUAUCUUCAGUCCUGCAAGCAGACGGCGAGGGCGACCUCCGAAGAGGGCGUCUGCAAGUCUUGAGGACAAUAUUAAACCUAAGCAAAACACCCCAGGAAACAAAAGUAAAGUAUCAAGGGAAAGGGCAAGGUUCCAGAAGCAAAAAGAAGAUGUGCAGGCCAUAGCUUUUGAAAAAGCUAAAUUAAAACAAGAGAAGGCAAAUGCUAUAGAAGCUAGGAAAAAGGAGAAAGAAGAUAAGGAAAAAAAGAGAGAAGAAUUAAAGAAAAUUGUGGAAGAAGAAAGGAUGAAAAAGAAAGAAGAGAAAGAGAGACUCAAAAUAGAAAAGGAAAAAGAAAGAGAGAAGCUGCGUGAGGAAAAAAGAAAAUAUGUGGAAUACCUGAAACAGUGGAGUAAGCCUAGAGAAGAUAUGGAGUGUGAUGACCUUAAGGAACUUCCUAUUCCAGUGCCAGUGAAGACGAGACUUCCUCCUGAGAUCUUUGGUGAUGCUCUGAUGGUUUUGGAGUUUUUACAUGCUUUUGGGGAACUUUUUGAUCUUCAAGAUGAAUUUCCUGAAGGAGUGACUUUAGAGGUUUUAGAGGAAGCUCUUGUAGGAAAUGACACUGAAGGCCCACUAUGUGAAUUGCUGUUUUUCUUCCUGACUGCCAUCUUUCAGGCAAUGGCCGAAGAGGAAGAGGAAGUGGCCAAAGAUCAAAUAGCUGAUGCUGAGACCAAAGGCUGCAAUUUGAAAAACUUGGAUCUUGAUAGCUGCACUCUUUCUGAGAUUCUCAGACUUCACAUUCUAGCAUCAGGUGCUGAUAUAACAUCAGCCAAUGCAAAAUACCGUUACCAGAAACGAGGAGGGUUUGAUACUACUGAUGAUGCUUGCAUGGAGCUGAGAUUAAGUAAUCCUGGUCUCUUGAAGAAACUUUCAAGUACCUCAGUAUAUGAUUUGUUGCCAGGAGAAAAGAUGAAGAUCCUUCAUGCUCUCUGUGGGAAACUUCUGACUCUGGUCUCCACUCGCGAUUUCAUUGAGGACUCUGUUGAUGUGCUACGACAAGCAAAACAGGAGUUCCGGGAAUUAAAGGCAGAACAGCAUCGCAAAGAACGAGAGGCAGCAGCAGCAAGGAUACGUAAGAAAAGAGAAGAAAGGUUAAAAGAACAAGAAUUAAAAAUGAAAGAGAAACAAGAAAAGCUGAAAGAAGAGGAGCAAAGAAUUCCUGCUGUAGAAAUAUCUGUUGGGGAGGAGGAACGGGAAGAGCUUGAUACUAGUACAGAGAGCAAAGAGAUGGAACGUAAAGAGCAAGAUGUGGACACAGUCACAGAGGAUGAAGAAGAGCUGGGACCAAACAAAAAACGACGGAGAGGAAGGAGAGGGCAAAAUGGAUUUAAAGAAUUUACAAGACAAGAAGAGAGCACUUGUGAAAAGAGCGAACCUCUUACUGCUGAAGAUGAAGAAGCUUUAAAACAGGAACAACAAAAGAAAGAGAAGGAACUGUUAGAAAAGAUUCAGAAUGCAACAGCCUGCACAAAUAUCACCCCGUUAGGUCGUGACCGCCUGUACCGACGCUACUGGAUUUUCCCUUCUGUUCCUGGAUUGUUUGUAGAGGAGGACUAUUCUGGUCUCACAGAAGACAUGUUGUUGCCUCGAACCUCUUCCUUUCAGAAUAGUGGACAGUCUUGCACAAAUGAACCUCAGGUAUUCAGUAAAACUGGAGAGUCUUUGAAAUCCUCUGAAUCUACCUCCAAUAUUGACCAAGAAUCACGUACCAGUGUUGUUGUAGAGGUGCCAAGGCCAGUAUACAAACCAAACCGUUGGUGCUUUUACAGUUCUCGGGAACAACUGGACCAACUCCUAGAGGCUCUCAAUUCCCGAGGACAUAGGGAGAGUGCCUUAAAAGAAACUCUUUUACAAGAGAAAAGUAGAAUAUAUGAACAACUGAGCAGUUUUCCUGUGGAGAAAUUCCAUAUUCCAGAAAAACCUCAAAGUGAUGUCAGACCUCCUGUAGGACGGGGAAGGAUGCAGAAUGUCCACGAUGGAUCUCACCCAUCUGCAGAGAAGCAACUUGAACUGAGGCUUAGGGACUUUCUUUUGGACAUUGAAGACAGGAUCUACCAAGGAACGUUGGGGGCUAUUAAGGUUACAGACAGACAGGCUUGGAGAGCAGCCCUAGAACAUGGGCGAUAUGAGUUUCUGAAUGAUGAAAACAAAGAAAAUGGCAUUAUUAAAACUGUGAAUGAAGAAUCUGAAGAAAUGGAAACUGAUGACCAUGAUAAGUUUAUUGUGAAAGAUAGACUCGUUGGGUUAAAAACCGAAGCUCCAAGUGCUGCAUCAACAAGCACAAGUACUCCUCAGCCAGUCAGCAAUGUGGUCCACUACUUGGCAUCUGCACUGCUUCAGAUAGAGCAAGGAAUUGAACGCAGGUUCCUCAAAGCACCUCUUGAUGCCAGUGAUGGUGGACGGUCCUAUAAAACAGUUCUGGAUCGCUGGAGAGAGUCACUUCUUUCUUCUACCAGCUUGUCCCAAGUCUUCCUUCACCUGUCGACACUGGAUCGAAGUGUCAUCUGGUCCAAGUCCAUCCUCAACGCUCGCUGCAAGGUGUGCCGGAAGAAAGGUGAUGCAGAAAGCAUGGUGCUGUGUGAUGGCUGCGACCGAGGGUAUCACACGUACUGCAUCAGGCCCAAGCUGAAGGUCAUUCCUGAAGGAGAUUGGUUUUGCCCAGAGUGCCGACCAAAACAGCGCUCUAGACGCCUCUCCUCCAGACAGAGACCUUCUGUGGAAAGUGAUGAAGAGACUGCUGAACAGCUAGAAGGGGAAGAAGAGGCAAACUAUGAUGAGAUGGGACAAAGUGAGGAGGAGCAUUAUGAAGAAGAGCAAGAUGAGGAGGAUGAAUCUCAAGAGGAGGAGGAGAUAAGCCCAUCAAAGCAAGGAAGAUCUCAGGUCAAGUUCCCAUUAAAAAUGAGAGCAGCCAAGCUCAACAAUCCAUUCUCAAGUCAGAACAGCCAGCGUCAGGCAAGAUACGCUUCUCGGAGCCAGCCAAUUGAAUCUUCAUCAAAAAUGACCAGAAGAGGUUUAAGAAACAUAAAAUCGGCCUCCUCAGCAGUGACAAAGCCCACUUUAAGACUUAAUAGCCGGACCACUCGUCAGAGCCAAAGUUCCUUACCAGGAGAUGUUUUUGUGGAGUUACUCGGUCCUCGAAGACGACGAAGAGGACGAAAGAGCGCCGAUAGCACACUGGGAAACAGCCCUUCCAACUCUCUCGGGUUUCGAAUUGUGGAUACUGCAGAGCCUGCUGAACGGCUGAGGAAAUUGCCAGUUUCUGCCUCAAAGCCUUCUCUUCCUGUUGCCGAACCCAAGAGAAGAGGCAGAAAACGACAAUCUGCAGAAUCAUCUCCUCCGAUAUUGAGCAGGAGAAGUUCAGGACGUCAGGGUGGAGUCCAUGAACUCUCAGCUUUCGAACAGCUCAUAGUGGAGCUGGUGCGGCAUGAUGACAGCUGGCCUUUCAUGAAACUGGUUUCCAAAAUCCAGGUACCAGACUACUAUGAUAUAAUCAAAAAACCUAUUGCCUUAAAUAUAAUCCGUGAAAAAGUGAAUAAAUGUGAAUAUAAGUUAGCAUCUGAAUUCAUUGAAGAUAUUGAGUUGAUGUUUUCGAACUGCUUUGAAUACAACCCACGUAACACAAGUGAAGCAAAAGCUGGAACUAGACUUCAAGCUUUCUUCCACAUUCAGGCUCAAAAGCUUGGACUUCCAAUCCCAUCUGGUAACGUGGACCACACCGCUCCCGCGGCGAAGAAGUCACGAAUCUAACCUCUGCCUUCCAAAGGAGUUCUUGAGGGAAUUUAUUGCAUUCAUUAAAAUGGAUUGUUAAAUUACGCAGUCGUCAUGUCUAUUUAAAGCAAUAACAACUGUUUAACCACCUUGAAGUGUGGCCUGCACUAUAUUCUCAAUAUAAUAUUAAGCACUCAGGAGAAUGUAGGAAAGAUUACCUUUGCUACAGUUUUAUUCAGUGUCUAAUAAUUUUGAUAGAUGUACUGGAUACAGUACUGGUUUACAGAGGUUUUGUACAUUUUUAAUACAUUCAUGUGUCCAGAUAUCUUCCAGAAGUACUUUGUUUUUUCCUGCACAAAAUAACGUUGUUUCAUCCUCUAGAUUUUGUAGGAGCUGUGGUAUUGAGGGCUUUAUCAACUCAGAGAAAAUCUUCUGCUGUAGCACAGUUGAAGAAACUGUGUGUGUUGUUAAACCUUGUUUGAGCAUAUCUUCUCAACACUAAUGAGUACAACUGCAUAUCUUUUCAAGUACUGUACCAGUGCUGGCUGGAGGUAUUCGGUCUGAGUUUAUUAAGUAGAUAUUUAUUUAGCAUUCAAAGUAAUUUGUGAAUUUGUUUUGUAUUUAUAAAAUUUGUACUUGGGGCAAAAAAAAAAAGUCCCAUAACUUUUUAAAUUUUGGAGGGUGGGGUUUUGUUUGUUUGUUUGUUUUUUCCCCUCUGACUUGAUGAUCAAUCAAUAAAUACCUUCUUGUGUCCCUGGCAGUUCUUCUAGCAAUGAGUAAAUUUGCAGGACUGUACUCUUAAAUUUCUACAUUCAACUUUGGAAGUGUACAAAUAAAAUGACACAUUUUUUCAAAGUA